AGAACCUCGGUCAGGACUAAAGCCGCUUUUAGCAUCCUGAAAACGGAUCCAGGCUCUGUGCAGAGCCGCUCCGGGUCCAUGGCCUGAUCUGUACCGGCUGCGGAUCAGCUGCAGCUGAAGCCUUCGAGAUGCUCCGUGCUCUCUGCAACUGCACAAUAACACCGUCACCGUUACCGACCCGGGGACACAGCUAUGCUUUUCAGACGGAAAGCCAGGAUGUUGCGGUGGCUGGUUUGUGGCCGGUUGGGUCCAGUUUGGAUGUGGAAAGCACUGCUGCUCUUCGUUGCCAUUGCGUUUGCUGGCCAACUGUUGGGGCUCAUCUUCAACAAGAGCAGUGUCCAUCCAGCUGGACGCUCCAUCUUCUCGUCCCUUGAUGCUCAGGGGCCCGGUCUGGGCUCCUGUCAGCCCCACACCCACAUCAUGUUCCUCAAGACCCACAAGACGGCCAGCAGCACCGUGCUCAACAUGCUGUACCGCUUCGGGGAGGAGCGUGACCUUCGCUUCGCCCUCCCACUGGGCUACCAGCUGGGCUACCCACUGCCUUUCAACGCUCAAAGGGUCAAAGGUUACCGAGGUCCCAGAGCCGUGGAGUUCCACAUCAUGGGCAAUCACAUGAGAUUUAAUAGGCCGGAGGUGGAGAAGGUGAUGCCUGCAGACACGUUCUAUUUCUCCAUCGUCAGGGACCCGGUCGCUCUGGCUGAGUCCUCCUUUGCCUAUUAUAAAGAGGUAGCGCCUGCCUUUCGGAAAGCCAAAAGCUUGGGCGACUUUGCUGACGACCCUAGGAAAUAUUAUGACCCUCGUGUUCGCAACAACCACUACGCCCGCAAUUUGUUGUGGUUUGACUUUGGCAUGGAACACAAUGCUAACUUCUCUGAGGCUUUGGCUCAUCUCGCUGAGGCCACGAUCCGCCAGACCUUCAAUCUGAUUCUAGUGUCUGAGUACUUUGACCAGUCCAUGAUCCUGCUGAGGCAUGCCCUCUGCUGGCCGCUGGAUGCUGUCGUCUCCUUUAGCCUCAAUGCUCGGCAGCAGAAGCCCAGCAGCAUCGGGGGGAUGAGUGGAACCUGGGUGGGAAAAGCGGCGGCGGCAGCUGGUGUCGGUGGUAGAGGGGGACGCUCACCAGCCAAGACACUGACCAAUGUAACGGAGGAACAGCGGGAGAAGCUGCGGCAGUGGAACGCCUUAGACUUGCACUUAUAUAAAGCCUUCAACCGGACCUUCUGGGAGGACAUCAACAGGUUCGGUUACGCCCAGAUGGAGCAAGAAGUAGCUCUUCUCAGGGUACGGCGGGAAGAUCUGGCCCGGGUUUGUCUCAGGGACGGCGGGAAGCCUGUGGAGGCGCACCGUAUCCGAGACAAAAACAUCCGCCCGUACCAGAGUGGAUUGGUGAAGAUCCUGGGAUACGAACUUCAGCCAGGGCUGGACAACGCCACCAGGACGGCCUGUCUGAGGAUGAUCAGACCUGAGAUCCAGUACAAAGAUGUGCUGGAUGCUAAACAGUUCCCACGAGCUGUGGUGGUUCAAGCCCAGCCAGGGCUUCAUAACCAGGGCAUGGUGGUUGCAGCCGGUAGCUCUCUUUUAAGACAAGACUCGUUCCGGACAGGAGACAGGCAUGUGGGGGGAGAUGCUGGGCGGAGGAUAGUGGAGGAGGGGGAGAGAGACUGGGAUGGAAGCCGCUUAAUGAGGAGGAACCAGACUUUGAUACAUGGGCAAGAAAAAGGAAGAUUGAGAUGAGGUUUGAGGUGAGUUGUUCCUAGAUAUGGUACCUUUGGUCUCUAAACAGAUGGACUAAUGAAACUGAAAACUGAGCCAAGUGUGGUUUACACAUGAGAAAACAAAAAGCUUCUCCUUUGCACUUCCACUUUUUGGUUGUUUGCUUGUUUUCUUAAAAACUUUCUUUGCUUUUAAUCGGUGUAAUUCUUGUAGGCUCAGUGAUUCUUGUGACCUGCGAGAGCCUGGGAUGCUUUCAUGUUUCCAGUUACAAGUCGACGGGAACAGUAUACAUUUUUUAUAACGAGAAGCACUCUGAACGUGUUGGCAGGUACCUUCUGCUUUUCUGUUUAAUUAUAUACACAUGGAAGCCUGUUUCAGUCCCUGUUCAUAUUAAUACUUCUUCACAUUGUCCUUGGUGCAUAUGCUUGAAACAUCUGAACGUAAAGGUACAUUUAGCCCCAGUUUUUACCUCUCAUGCAGUACGAUUAUACUGAGUCACUGAGCUUAGCACCUGUUUCUGUAAAAUAUUUAUAAUAUUUUUUUCAGUUGUUUUAUAUUUUCAUACAAAAUAAUGAAUUUCUUGGAAUAACGGUACAAAAACCCCCCAUUUGUGUCACUAAAGGAAUGGUAAUACACAAGACAGAUUCCUUUUAUUUGAUUAUAUGGUUUGUAAAGUUGCUGGUGUGCUGGUGUUAAUGGACAAAAGAAUUAGGAUAAACUUACUACUUCUCUCUUGCAAACACUUAGUUCAGCUUCAGAGUCAGUAUUGAGCCCUGUCUAGACCCGCUAACUUGAACCGCUUCUUAAAUAUCUCUUAAUAAUACAAGAGGGGAUAAUGAUCCAAGGGCUCUUCUGUUCUGAGGUGCUUGAUACUCACCAGCAUGCAGCAGGCUGGUUAAUAUCAGAAUGUGAGCACAUUCCUUCUUUCUUCUAUCUGCUGAAGUAUCCAUCUGCCCGACACAUCCAGAGACAUUACCGUGGAGACCCAUUUCUUUGUAAUGAUGUCAGGUAUUACAAAUGAAAUCCAUAUCAGUGUGGGGGAAAAACAAAUCCCAAAGCAACGGCAUGUUAAAGAUUCACUCCCUGAUUAUUUAUAAUGCACAAUAAAAGACCUCAACUCACUCAAAAUUCCUCUGAGAUUAACAGCAGACAACGUAAAGCAAUGCAGCUGCAGAGCUCCAAGCCUGGGCCCACCUUCAUUGCCAGUAACCAUGGUGAAGAAUCAUGUAUGUUUAUCCAGCUCCUUGUCAAAAAAAUGCUUACAUGCCACUGUAUUAUAUACCAUUUCACAGUAAAUGUAAACAUUCUUAAUGUUCCAGUUUAUUUCCUGUUGCAGUGAAUGACAUUAGCUAACAGGAAGUAAACAUGGACCCAAUCUGUUGCCUGGCAAUGCAAUUUUACUGAAACGUUCUAUUGUUUUACCACGGUUAUCGUUACUAAAUGAAGUAGUAUCAAGUAGAUACAAGUAGUAUUGUAUCACAUCCAUGCCACACAACCUCCACCAAUAACACCAAGUUAAACAAUACAACCUUGAUAUUUUGGUAUAAUUAUACCUUAUAAAGUUAGCUAAUGUCACGAAGCAAAUAACUUACUUGCUUACUAAUCUACUAACCUUAUGAGUUUGCUAAACUUACCUUAUGUUAGCUAGCUAUGCUAAUGGCGUCAGCAAAAAUGCAAAAAGCUUAAUAGUAGUUUUAGCUAACGUUGACAUUAGUUAGCUAACAACAUUAGCUUAGCUAUCUAACUUUAGCAAACUCAUAAGAUUAAGCUUUAGCUGCUUAAUGUUACGUUGCCUACUUUUAUAAUUUACAAAUACAUUUAAAUAUUAUGGUUAUAUUGUUUACCUUCAUGUUAUUGGUGAAGGUGGUGUGCCUUAUUCAAACUAAUGAGUGCAUGCUAUCGUAUCCUGAUGAUCAUGUCUGGCGUACACAAUUUCAGACGUCAAAUCCUUCUCCAAGCUCGAGAGCGUAAAGUGACGGAGGAGGUGGGCCCGAGCCUGGAGCUCUGCAGCUAGGCCCUUUACACUCAAGACACACUGAUACGCACGCUAACACUCAGACUAUGGUUGAUGGUUUUUUUGGAUACAAAAAUUCUUUUUUUUGACUUUGAGUAAGGAGCUAAAACCUCUCUGGAGUUCAGCACUGUGUUAAACAUGGAGCUCGUCACAUGUUCGCUUACAGCCUGAUCCUGCAUGGUACUUGUUGAAAGCCUGCUAGUGUUUUGACAUUAACAUGCUGCUGCAUGAAGAUUCAAAUGUUACUACAUACAUAACAAAAAGCAAACACAUCUCUACCAGGGGAACACGUGACCACAGACAGGUUCUCACUUGACAGUCUUACACAUAACUACACUUACACAGAAAUCCUACAUUUGCACAUACACAGAAAUGUGCAUGUGUGAGCUCGCUGACAUCGCCUCACUCUUUUUCUAGACGGCUUUUGUCAAGAGCUCCAUUGUUCUUCUCAAACUGUUAAGAACACAUCAGUGACACUCAUGGAUGCACUGAGUGACAUGUUCCAUGAACAUGGGUACUGUAGUUCAUUCUGAGACAACUGGAUUUUGGAUCUGUGAGCACACAUCACUGCAAAGAGUGUUCCAUGUUUACACUGCUGAGGGGAGUAAGCAGAUUUUAUUUGGAUAGCAGAUAAAACAUUCAAUUGUUGUUUGAAUCAAGAAAAAACAGCUCAUUCAAACAGAAGCAGAUAUGAAGUAUGGAGGUUUCUUACUGAAAUACAAAAACAGUGGACACCUGGUUAUGGACAACUAGAGAAUUUACAGUUCUUUUACGGUUGAAAGUUAUGUUUGAUUUUUUUUACAUGUCAUUCUUUUAUUUAACAUUGUAGUGUUGCUACUUUAACUUUCAAACAUGGACCAUCAGAAUGCAAUCUCUACGAGGUUUAAGGAUGGUUCUUAAAGCAAAGUACGUUAGACUUACAGCCCAAAACAUAAAUAGAAACAUUGUGAAGUUUAGUUUAUUGAUUGUCACAAAGGAAAUUCAUUCGGUCUUUAGAAGCAUCGGGCAGCCAUUCUCAAGUACUUUCAUUUGUAACCUGGCUUUCAUGUGGUGUCGGAGGAAAGCAGAGCAGACACAGGAAAGUGUCAGCACCUCGCUAGCUGCUGUGGGACUGGAUAGCAGACUGUGGUCUGUGUAAGAGCAGUCAGAGCACUUCAAAGUGAGACAUCUAUCUGCUGUGGUUUCCGCUUACUGCUGUCAGUCAAUGCAACACAGUCAACAGUCUUUCCUGUGACCAAAGCCUUGCAGUCAAGCCAUUUGAGAAUGAUAUUUAGAGAUGAAUAGUUUGCAUGGAUGGGGUCUAGGUAGGACAGGUGACUGAGUCCAGUGUCACAAUGGAUCCACAAUGAGCCAUGUGGUUUUUGCUUACACUGUGGCUGUUUGCCAGAUAACAAUGUUCAGUUUGUUUAUUCAUAUGUUGGAAAUGUGUAAUAAAUUCGAGUGCUGAUACAUGAAAAUAAUACACACCCUUUGACCAAUCAGAACUGAGUAUUCUCCAAGGCCAAUAUAUACAUGUAGUAUCGUUCAGAUCCUGUUACAUAUGUAGGAAUAUAUUUAUAGAGCCCAUAAGGGGACACGGGGGGGAGAAAAAAACAAACAACUUUCUAACUCUUGCAAAACGUCUGCAUUCUCUAAGCUAAGCUACUACUAGCUGUUAUAGUUUUGCUAGAAAACACAACCGUUUCUUGGGAGAAUGCAAAGGUUUCAUCCGUGUGUUGAAGCUCUGAUUGUGUGUCUCUUUGAAACAUUGGACUGAUUGACGCUAAUAGUCUCAAACAAAAGUUCUUCCACAGAACAGUAGUGUGUAUUCUUCCUCCUGUGCAGUUGGAAUGGUGUCGCCUUACAGCAGUCGGGGGAUUGGGUGUACUGCAUUGUGUUUCCUCCAGUGAAAAGGAGAUUGUUAAUCCGCUUACAGUCUUAAAUUUAGACACUGAGUCAAAGGGAUAAUAAAGAAUUAACUAAGAUUUAAAAUUAAAGGGACAUACAUGUGUUAAUUCAUGUUCCCUCCUUCCACGCAAACAUCGUUUUAUAUUUAUUUCAAAGAAACUGCUGACAAUUUGCUUCAUUACAUAACUCAUCAUUAUACUGACCUUUAUAUGGAAUAUGCAGCAUAACCUAGAUCUGAGGACCAUCACACUGUGUAUCACAGUGCUGCGUGGGUAACUCCUGCAACACCAUUUCAAUCACAUUUCAGUCACCAAUAAUAGAAUGUGAUAUGGGACAAAUGACUUUGACCCAGUGAGGUCUCUUAAACACUUCUUACACUAAUUGACACUGAAGUUUGAAGGCCAAAAACAAAAUAAGUUUUGAUAGUUUAUUUUCUAUUUUUAACUUAAACACAAACAUUUUUGACUUUAGAUUCAUUGGGACUAUUAUGUCAAAGAAUGCGUCUCCCACUUUCCUCUUGUGCCACCAUCAGGGCAAACUCAAUAUGUUCAGCUCCCCUGCUAAGGCUUGAAGAACAGCAAAGUCAUCAGUAUGACAGUCUGAGGUACGGAUCUUUAUUUGCACCGUAAUUUUAUUGCGAUGAUACAAACAGGCCGCUGAAAUCGAGUAGAUGUCUGCUGUUCUGGGCCACCACUGUUUAAUGAACACUAAUGCACAGAACAGUUGAAAGCCUUAGGAUGCUGUCAUACUAUGGACCACAGCUUUUAAAACAAUGUCCUUCUGUAUUUAUUAUUAUAAUUACCAUUUGUACAUACUGUAUUUAUCAGGGUUUGUUAGGGAUGACGAGGGAAAGGGUCUAUCUGUGACAGUGCGAUGGAAUAUGUUAUUGAUGUUAAUGAGAAAACAUAGAAUCUGCACACACUCAUCCCAUAUGUUCAGUCAGUGUCGGAACAAUGAUGACAAAUGGCACUCAAUAAUUAUGGCUUGGUCAUAAUACAGAGUUAUCAUCACUUGUUGAUUAGCAUGAUUAUACUGGUUCUAUCAAGCUGUUGUUUUACAAAUUGAAAUCGUCCACAUUUAGAAUUUUUGCAGAACGAGUUAAAAACAAUACUGACAGGAGGACAAAUGAUCACACUGACCAUUAAUGUGAUUAUUUCAGAUGUGAAUUUAACUCAAGACAACAAGAAGUAUUGCGUGUUAAAUCUCCAGAUAAUGCUUACAAAUGAUCAGUUACCACAGCCACACAAUUAUCUGGUAAUUACGAGAUAGAGAUUAUAAUUAAUAUCUUAAAAAUAGAAGAUAUCUGAUCUCGUAAUUAAGAGAUAAUGAUCUUGUAAUUAUGAUAUAUUCUCUCUUAAUUAAAAUAUAGUGUGUAAUUAUGAGAUGUUAUGUCACAAUUAAAGAUCUCCAAUGUUUUAUUUCUGUGUUAUUUGUCUUAUUUUCUGGCUAUUUACUAAGUUUUCAUAUGUGAAAAUGUUGUAUGUUACAUAAUGUGUCAGAAUAAAAAGGUAGGUCUUGUGUCAAACCUCUUUAAAUCUCAGUUUUCAGAGGUUUAAAAUGAGGAGAAACUCUGGUACACAGUGUGAUUCAUCAUUUAUCAUUUCAUUUCAACAGCUUUCAUCUGUACUAUUCACAACACUGGGUUAUUACUGACAGGAUUAUUGAUGACUGAUAUUUUCUCAAGCUGUUACAGAUUUCACUGAACUGGAAAUGCAAGAGUUUAUUCAGAAAGCAACAGUGUCUUGCUGUGUUUGGCUGGGAUCUUACUUGAAAAUGUUUUUUUUUUAGGUGAAACUUGUUCUAGAUCAUGCUCUUUGUGUGCAUCCAUUGAAUUGUUUUUUUCUCGUACUGAAUAAAAUCAACAUUU